UGCCCUCUGGAAGGCAUGUGCAGAGCUGUUCCCAGUACUGUUCCCAGGACUCAGACGAAACCUUGUACCUGUUCAUAUGCACCACAUGGAAAAACUUCAUUUGUUGUUGACGAAGUGAGCAACAUUGUAAAAGAGGCUAUAGAGAGCGCCAUUGGUGGCAACGCCUAUCAGCACAGCAAAGUGAAUCAAUGGACCACGAAUGUAGUAGAACAAACUUUAAGCCAACUCACCAAGCUGGGAAAACCAUUUAAAUACAUUGUGACCUGUGUAAUUAUGCAGAAGAAUGGAGCAGGAUUACACACGGCAAGUUCAUGCUUCUGGGACAGCUCUACUGACGGGAGCUGCACGGUGCGAUGGGAGAACAAGACCAUGUACUGCAUCGUCAGCACCUUCGGGCUGUCCAUCUGACCCCUGCCCCUGCCCCGUGACCACUCUGCUCUCCUGUCUCAGCGUCUGCGCCGUCUUUCACCGCCAGCUGUGAUGUCAGUGUGGAACACCUUUCCUGUUCUAAGUGUUCUUUGUGGCACUCUCAGAAUGUAGAGAAAGUCCCCAGAUGACAGCACUGUUCUAGGAACUGCACACCCCAGGCCGGAGGGACCGUUCGCCAUCGGCAGUCCCAGGCCUGUGUCUUAACUCUGAAUAUUUCUGCUCAAAGGUGCUAAAAUCGGAAACCUGCUAGUGUGAAUCUUUCUCUACUCUCUGAAGUGAUUCAGGUACACUAAUUUUCCAUACUUUGUACUUUUGUUAGAAUAAUAAAUUAUUCCAAUUUAAA